AUGGCCAAUCUACCGCGGGUUCAGGUCGCUGGCCUACCUGGCAUCCAAGCUGAGGAGGGCGCGGCGACGACCUCUCCAGCUCGCGGCGCUGAAAUGCUCAACUUCUUGCAAAGCCGCCUGCAGAAGAAUCGCGCUCCUCCUCUUGUCCACGGCUGGGACUUUUGGCAUGACCGUCAAGACCGCGCCGCCAACCCUGACUCACACGACACCCCACCUGGCACUUACGAAGAUCGUCUUGAGCCUCUCGCCCACAUCAACGAUGUUCGUCAAUUCUGGAGCGUCUUCAAUAAUUUUGAUGUUGCCCAACUCAAGCUUCGCGACUCUGUGCAUCUCUUCCACAAGGGCGUGAAGCCGGUCUGGGAAGAUCCACGGAAUGCACGCGGUGGAAGCUGGACGUUUCGUGUACCCAAGAGUCAAGCGGGCGACUUUUGGAAGGAGAUUUGCAUGAUGGCGAUUGGUGAGCAGCUGCAGAACGCUGUUGAAGAUCCCGCCCGUCAGAUUUUCAGAGACGAUAUUUGUGGUGUUAGUUUGGGUGUGAGGUUCAACAGCAUGUUGGUGCAGAUCUGGAAUCGGGAUGGGUGUCACGCGGCUGGGAUCGAGCGGAUCGCGCAGACGGUGUUGGAGGGUAUCAGUGAAGGAAUGAAGCCACGGGAAGGAAGCUACUACUACAAGAAGCAUGACGAGCACGCUGGCUUCGCGAAUGUYAAGGUUGAAGAGCCGAAGCCGGUGCCGAGCCAAGUGGGUGGCAGUCAGCUCCGGGAGGUUCAGUCUAUGGACGCGGUGCUGAAUGAGUAA